AUGGCAAUGAAGGAGGCGUUCAACGCCUCGACAACCGAAGAUGUCGCCCUCGAGCAUAUGGGCUACCAGCAAGAAUUCAAGCGCUCAUUCGGCCUACUCGACAUGGUCGGAUUCAGCUUCAGCAUAGUAACAUGCUGGACAGCGCUCAGUGGAGUAUUCAUCAUCGGCGUCGAAGCAGGCGCCAUGGCUGAGAUGUGUUCACGCUGGCCUGUGGCGGGAGGUCAGUACUCGUGGGUUGCAAUGCUAGCGCCGCCACGAGUAUCGCGACAAUUGUCCUAUAUAACCGGGUGGUUCAUGUUGAUUGGCAUCCUGGCAAUGGGCGCCGUCAACAAUUCAGUCGGAUCAAAUUUCAUUCUAGGACAAGCGAACCUCAUCUUCCCCGACUUCGUCAUCGAACGAUGGCACACAGUCCUCGUCGCCUGGGCUGUAGGUCUAUUCGCGCUAGCAGUGAAUAUCUUCGCGCCUCACGCUUUACACCGUCUCUCGCGAAUAAUCCUGCUGUGGAACAUCGCCUCGUUCAUAAUCGUGAUCAUAACCCUACUCGCAACAAACAAGCAGAAGCAACCGGCAAGCUUUGUCUUCCACGACUUCCGAAACAUGACCGGUCUAGGUACGGCCAUGGCGACGAUCGUCGGUAUCCUGCAAUCCUUUUUCGGGAUGUGCUGCUACGACGCGCCGAGUCAUAUGACUGAAGAAAUGACGCAUGCCAGUCGCGAUGCUCCGAGGGCAAUUGUUCUGUCUGUUCUUAUGGGCGCCGUGACGGGCUUCGUGUUCCUGCUUACGCUCUGCUUUUGUAUGGGCGACAUUGGGUCGACGGCUGGGUCGACGACUGGUGUUCCUGUUAUUCAGAUCUUUUAUGAUUCCACGCGGUCAAAGGUCGGGACUUGCUUUUUGGCGAGUUUGAUUACCGUUAUUGUUAUCGUUGCGUCUGUUAGUCUUGUUGCUGAGGGCUCGCGGUCUGUUUAUGCUUUUGCUAGGGAUCAUGGAUUGCCGUUCUCCGCUUUGUGGUCGAAGGUUGAGCCUAAGAGGAAGAUUCCUGUGUAUUCUAUUGUUCUCACGUUGGUGGUGCAGCUGGCUUUGAAUGCCAUCUACUUUGGGACGGUGACGGGUUUCAACACGAUUGUUUCGCUGGCUACUACGGGAUUUUAUGUUUCCUACGGCCUUGCCCUGUUCUCCCGGUUAUUGGGCUAUUUCUUCGGCCAUCAAACUUCCUCUUUUGAGGGAUCAUCAUAUUCGCUGCCUCUUCCCGUGUCCCUCGGCUUCAAUGCCAUCGGCUUGGUCUUUUUGCUAUUUGCUUCCAUUACAUUCAACUUUCCAUCUGGGGCGCCGGUCACUUCGGAAUCAAUGAAUUACACCAGUGCUGCGAUCGGCUUGGUCACACUACUGAGCAUUGUUACCUGGUUCACUACCGCAAGGAAACGAUUUACCGGGCCAUCGGAUGUCAGAAACAUUAUACUGGAGGGUGUAGAGAGUCCUUCAGCAUUGGGGGCUGAAACUUACUCCAAGGAGAGCACGGAAAUUAAAUAG